GAGACUUGCGCGCACACGGCGCGCUCCCCCCCGUAGGCUAUGGACAGCUCGGCGAGUGUUGGCGCGCGCGCGCGCCUCUGCGUGUAAGCGAGUGUGUGACUGAGUGUGCGACUGAGCGUGCGAGCGUGUGAGAACCCGAGAGCCCUCGGCAGCCUUCAGGCCUCCGGAUUGCAGCCGUCCGAGCGUCGGAGAAGCCAUGCAGUACCAGCACCACCAGGGCCCUGCGGCCAUGGGCGUGAACGUGAACGCGCCCCUGUACGCGCCGACCCCCGUGCAGCCCGUGCACCCGACCCCCUUCUACAUCGAGGACAUCCUGGGCAGGAGCGGCUCCCCGGGGUCCCCCGCGGUGCUCUCCGCGCCCACCCUGCCGUCUCCCAACUCGUCCUUCACCACCCUGGUGUCCGGCUACCGGACCCCCAUCUAUGAGCCCACCCCGAUCCACCCGGCGAUCUCCUUCGCGGCCACGUACCCCCCCGGCGCGUUCUACCCGUUCCACCGCGGCGAUUACCCGCACGCGCUCAUCAGGCACGACCCCCUGGGCAAGCCGCUGCUGUGGAGCCCCUUCAUACAAAGGCCGCUGCACAAGCGCAAGGGCGGCCAGGUGCGCUUCUCCAACGACCAGACCGUGGAGCUCGAGAAGAAGUUCGACACUCAGAAGUACCUGUCGCCCCCGGAGCGAAAACGACUGGCCAAGAUGCUGCAGCUGAGCGAAAGACAGGUGAAGACGUGGUUUCAGAACAGAAGGGCCAAGUGGCGACGGCUGAAGCAGGAAAACCCGCAGGGCAGUAAGAGAGAGCUGGACUGUGAGAGUGCGGAGAGGACCUGCGAACAGAGACCUGAGCUAGGGGUCAGUGCCGACCAAAAACCCAGCGAGGGGCUGCACAGCCAGAUCCCCUGCUCACCGUCCCCCGCAUCGCAGGGAGACCUCGAAUCUGACAUCUCAGACGAUUCCGACCAAGAACUGGACAUUGAGGAAGACUGUUCUCGAAAAGUGCAAAUAUGAGCCACGUUUAAUUUUUUUUUUUUUUUUUCCUGGAAGGGCGAGGUCUUUGCACAAUGAAAGCUGCCCUUUGGACCUCCUAUUACUUUCAAUAGGCGAUCCAAGUUUUGUAUAUAUGUCUGUAUAUUUUGUGAGUAGAAAAGCUGUUCCUCAGUAUAAAUUAAAUAUAUAUCUUCAGUACAACGUUGAAGAAAAACAGUUUGUAAUUAAUGUUUCUAUCGGUAAGUAUUGACAUGAUUGAAAAUUUCUCUAAAUAUUUUUGAUAAGCUCACUUUGACUAGUGUCAUGUCUGAAUUUGUUUUGUUUCUU